AUGUCUCCCACCGUUGCUCCUCAUGGUCCUCUCCCCAAGAUCCCCAAGGGUCUCAACAAAAUCAAACUUGGUGCCUUGGUCUUUGACGAGGUCGAUCUUUUGGACGUUAUGGGGCCAAUGCGUAUCUUUGGCGAAGAGUCCAACACCCUCGACAUUGAGAUCUGCUUUGUCUCAACCACUUUCGAGCCUGUCAGAACCUCUCAACAGGUUACCAUUACCCCCAAGUACCUGGUCAGCGACACCACCCAGAAAUACGACCUUUUCUUUAUCCCCGGAGGCUUAGGAAACCUCGAGUACGUCAAAAAAGAAGAGCUCAUGGCCUAUGUCAAGACUCAUGUGGAGCAGUCUACCUGGACCAUGACUGUAUGCACUGGUGCUGGCCUCCUUGCCAAAACCGGUCUUGUCGACGGUUACAAUGUCACCACCAACAAGCAGAUGUUCGAGUGGCCCAUGAGCCAGGGCCCCAACGUGAACUGGAUCAAGAGAGCCCGCUGGGUCCAGGAUGGCAAAUAUGUUACCUCCUCGGGAGUAUCUGCUGGAAUCGACGCGGCGCUCUUUAUCAUAUCCGAGUUUACGUCGGUUGAGGUUGCCGACGCCGUUGCGACCCACAUCGAGUACACCUGGCACCGUGUUGCUAGCGAGGACCCCUUUGCUGAUACCCACCCCUUCACCCGCUCAGGAUAG